CCAGAAAAAUAUGGCGCUAAAGUUGCAUCCAGUGUUGAAUUAGACGUUAGAUUUUUUUUAAUACUAGACACAUUUUACAUAUAUAGCUAGCUAGCUAUAAGUUAAUUCUUUUCAUGGAAAGAGGGAAAUUACAUCACACAUUCUUAUCCACUACAUGUGUUUUGAGUACCCACGUGAAGAGUUUACUUUGCCAACAUGCACAGAAAUUGGGUAUAUAAAUACGAAUAUAAUUAAGUUGUGGAACUAUGGUUCAAGUUUAUUUGGAUGUUUUUGAAAUAAAUCGUCUUCGGGAAGACUUAAUAGAAAUUUUUAUUCUGUUGUUGGAAGUUGGUGGGAUUAUGGCCUUCCAAAAUUUCUUGGUUCUUGUUUAUUUUACAGAAGGAAAUGCAGUAACUAUAAUUCAGCAUUCAUGAUUCGAUCAUAGACUGGUAAAUGGCUGAUGAGUAUUCAGAGGAUGCACUCAAAAAACAUCGGGAUUUGUUGAUUGCUUGCGGCUGGGGAAAAGAAGUCGAUGUGAUAUUAUUGUUACAACAAGGCGCAAGUGUUCGUGUACAAGAUCAGGAUGGAAAAAACUGUUUACAUUAUGCGGCAUGUAAAGGUCAUAUCCAAGUAACUAACCUCCUUAUUGAGAACGGAUGUUCAAUAAAUGCGAAGGAUAAGAGUGAUCGAACUCCAUUACACUUGGCAUCAGCAGAAGGACAUCAUGACAUAGUGUCAAUUCUUUUAGAUAACAAUGCAGAAUUUGAUGUUCAAGAUCAGGAAGGUAAUACAGCAUGUCACCUGGCUUGUCUCAACGAUUAUGUUGAAGUCAUCGAAUUGCUCAUUCAUAUCAAAGCUGACUUAAAUAUUAGAAAUCGAGAUGGUUUUACACCACUACAUAUUGCCACUGUUAACCAUAAUGUAAAAGCUAUGACGAUACUAAUGAAAGCUGGAGUAAGCAAGACAACUCAAGAUUUACAUGGUAACACCGCUCUCCACCUUGCGGUGAAAACCAAGUCAAUAAAAGCAUUGAAAUGUUUAAUAAAACAUAGUGCAGAUGCGAACAUACAAAACCAUGAUGGCAAUUCUGCACUCCAUCUGGCAUCUGAUACUGGUGAAGUACAAUAUGUUGAAUAUAUUUUAAAUGCAGACCAGCCAGUGGAACUCAGUGCAAAUAAUGUUGGAGAUUCUGCGAAAGAUAUAGCGAUAAGGCAUGGCUUUCGGGAUAUUGUUCAACUUAUACCAGAUCCAUACAAGAAGAAAAAAACGAAAAGACGCUCGCAUCGCAGCUCAGGAAGCCCUACCAGUCCAACAGCUAGUCAACUAAGCGCUGGGUCGCCUGUCCCUGUUUUAAACGACGAAAAUGGCAGUCCACAUCGAAAACAGAAGUACAACAGGUCGAGUGACGGCAGUCCUACAACUUUUGUACAACAUCCAUCGUUAGAACUGCCAACCGCUACAUCUUCAAGUUUGUUGAGUUUGUGGGUACCAACUACUGAUUCAGGAAUUUCUCUGCCCAUGGACGUGAAGGCUGAUCGUAUUCACACGUUUAUGUCGUCAUCACAGCGAAGAAAACACAAGAAGGGAGGGGAGAAAAAUCGUCUUUUAGAAGACCUACAACAGUACGACCGUCAUCGAAAAGAUGAAAAGAAGCACAAAUCAAGCAAAAGAGAUAAAAUAUAUACGCAUGAAUAUGAAGAAUUAAUGCACGAUCCGCGCUUUAUGUCACCUCAUCAAACUCCGAUGCGUGUCGGCAAACAAAACACGUCAUCUCCACAAAAAGCACGAUACAGUGGUGACUUGGAUAUUGAUUAUCUUUCAGAUGAAUCUAUUCAAUAUCAAGGCUGUUUUUUUAAGUCGAAAUCCAAGAAAUCGAACAAAGGAAAUUCUACGAAGUCAAAACAGAAGCACGUAGCAGACGAAAAAGAAUUAAUGAUGAUUCGACAGGCAGAGCUUCAGUACCAACUCAACGCUUCUAAGGUUUCAUUGGAAAAACAAAUGAAAAAAAUGAGAAAGAAAUUCGAGAGAGCUUUGCAAGCCACUGAUGAACGUUUUAUUGAGCAGAAAAAGCGAGAGGAAGACUUUCAUAACAAGCUGAGAGCGGAACUCGAAAUGAUCGAAACCUCUUUAGAAAGAGGAUCGAAAAAAAAUGUAGAAGAGUUUUCACAACAUAUUAAAGUCGAACUUAAUAAAUUGACGGAAAAAUUAACAAGGGGUCUAGAUUUGAAUGCUAAUGAUUCGAAUGAGGACUAUGGAAGCCCAUUUAAAAGAUUAAACAAGAGAGCGUCUGCAGUUGAUUUAGACAAAGAUAUUUCUGUUAGUCUACCUAAGAAUUCAAAACAAGCUAGCUUACGUUCAAAAAAGAAAAACAUUUCCGAGGAUCAAAACGCAAUGGUUCAAAUGUAUGAACAAAGACUAAAGGAACUUGAAAUCGAGGCCAAACAAAAAGCAAAAAAAGAGAUGGAAAACGAAGCUUUACGAGCACGUGUAUUAGAACUCGAGCAAAUGGUGAAAGCAGAAAGAACUAAGACUUCGUGAAAACAAACUACUGGGUAGAAAAAUGAUCGGGUAAAUUAAUUCACUAAUUUAUUUGAAUUAUUUUUUUCCACAAAUGCUCUAUCUAUUUGGUAAAUCAGCUGUAAAAUAUUUUUUGUAAAACUUAUUUUCGACGCAUUUAUUUAAUAUUAAGUAUUUUUUUAUUAUUUAUGUUUAAAUUAUUUUUUUCUGUGCACGUAUUUGCCUCUCGUUAAACACAACAGGUAUCUCUAACCUAAAACUUUUACAUAUGAUUUAUUUGUUCUGUAUAUUUUUACUUGUGUUUCGUGUCCAGCAGUUUUUAUGGGUUUUUUAUAUCUGUACAUAGGAGUUGUAAGAUCAUAUUAAAAAUACACAAUCUUUAUAUGAAA